AAUUGCAUUUUACUCCCAAACCUUGUCGGCAAUUACAAGCACUUCCCUAAAACCCUAGUUGCGUCUCUGAUUUUCUUACUCAUCAGUAACAUCACAAAACCCUAACAUCAUUUUCCUACUGUUCUCUUUUAUCUGUUUCUGGUAGUAUCAUUUUGCCAGUGUUUGCAAUUAGAGAAUUGGAGAAAAUGGAAGGGGAUGCAGAAGAAAGGCAGAUUCAAGCACGAUUCGUUACGAAACUUAAGCCCCAAUUCAAAGCCCCACCCCCUGCCAUUACUAUCCCAGCUAAUCUCACCCGUCUCGGUCUCUCCACCAUCGUCAAUAGCCUCCUCAAAGCCGGGAAUCCUGAUUGGGAGAAUGAGCCAUUUGAUUUUCUUAUUGAUGGAGAGCUUGUUCGUAUGUCACUUGAGCAGUUUCUUCUCGCCAAGGGCAUUUCUGCGGAGAAGAUCUUGGAAAUUGAAUACAUUAAAGCAGUGGUCUCUCGGAGACAGGAGGAGCCUUCUUUGCAUGAUGACUGGGUCAGUGCAGUUGAUGGUUCUUGUCCUUGGUUCAUUUUGACAGGGUGCUAUGAUGGUCUUGGAAGGGUAUGGAAAACUGCUGGGCUGUGUACACAUAUACUAGAGGGACACAGUGAUGCAAUUACUUCUGUUAGUAUCAUUAGCCCCGUAGGUGAGGAUAGUGUUACAGUGGCCACUGGCUCAAAAGAUCAAACACUCAGGCUUUGGAAGUUUCAUACAGAAGAACCUGAAAAAUCUCCUGCAAAGAUUAGGGCCUUCAAAAUUUUGCGUGGACAUAAUGCAUCUGUGCAAAGUGUUGCAGCUGAAACUUCUGGAAGCAUGAUUUGUUCGGGCUCCUGGGAUUGUACGAUCAAUUUAUGGCGGACAAAUGAGUCUGAAACAGAAGGUGAUUUAGUGUCAGUUAAGAAGAGAAAAGUGAAAAACAAAGCUGAGGAAUCUCAAUUGGAGGGGGAGGCUAUGUCUACACUUGUGGGCCAUACACAACGUGUAUCUUCUGUUGUUUGGCCAGAACGUGAAACAAUGUACUCUGCAUCAUGGGAUCAUUCUAUUAGACAUUGGGAUGUCGAGACAGGCAAAGAUUCAAUGAAAAUAUUUUGUGGGAAAGCUCUCAACUGUGUACAUGUUGGAGGUGAAGGUUCGGCUCUCAUUGCUGCAGGAGGCUCUGAUCCCAUCCUUAGGAUAUGGGAUCCACGAAAACCAGGAACUUCUGCCCCUAUUUAUCAGUUCUCUUCUCACACUUCUUGGAUUUCGGGUUGCAAGUGGCAUGAUAAAUCGUGGUUUCAUUUACUUUCUGCAUCCUAUGAUGGGAAGGUUAUGUUGUGGGAUCUAAGAACUGCGUGGCCUCUGUCUGUUAUUGAAUCACAUGAGGACAAGGUGCUGUGUGCUGACUGGUGGAAAGGGGACAGCGUGGUCAGUGGUGGGGUUGACUGCAAGCUAUGCAUUUCUUCUGACAUUGGUGUUGUGUAAGAUGUUUUCAAGAAAGCAAACUGACUGUUGGUUUGAGCUUCGGCUAUGUAUGGAGUGAGGACGAGAUGCCUUGGUGGUGGUUUGCUCGUGGGAUGUCGAUAAAAGGUUGAUCCGAAAGGAGCGAAUGGGACGCCAAAGAGCCCCUCCUCCACCUCUGUUCUCGGCCAUUCUUGAUACUGACUUAAUGCUUUCUACAUGCUCUUGGCCGGGACUCUGUGCUUUGAGUAUGAUUGUGCUAUGGGGGUGUUGUUUGCCUUGUCUAUUAGAAAAUGCUUCUGACCAAGCUAGAGUGUUCUUGUGUGCGGCGGUGCAGGGCUCUUUGCAUCUGCUAUGUUUGUGGUUCUUGACUGGUAGUGGAAGAUUGGUAGCAGAUCUGAUGGGGGCUUCUCCUCUUGGUUAGGCAGUAGAGUUUGAUUGUAUUUUGGGUCUAUGGGCUUUCCUUUGAUUGCUUGUAGAUAGGCAUCGAUACCCCUUUUUUAGCUAGUCUAUUAUAUAUGGGUCUGGGUCUUGACCUUUUACUGUAUUGUGUGGGCUUUAAGCCCGUCUAUAUUCAACUUUUAUAUCUGACAAAAAAAAUUUCAUACAAAAUUCUAUUUGUCAAAA